CAUAGAGAGGGAGGGGACAGAUGGAGUGAGAGGGGUGUGUGCGAGAAAGAAGUGUGAGGGCUAGGAGAGAGAAGGGGAAGUUCCAAACUUUUCAAUGAAAGCCACACGCUCUUUUCCGCGAGUUGUGUGCAGAGGCUCACAUACACUGACACACACAUACACAGGAAGGAGUCGAGAAAGAGAGACACACACACACAGACUGAGGUAGUUGUUUUGCGAAGAGCAGGUGUCCUCCUGUCUCACAAACCUUCACCACUGCUCCUGCUUAUCUUGAUCAAACUGUGGACUUCCAAGUGGAGGGAAGGAGGGAAAGAAGGAGGACAGGAGAAAGACUAACCACUCCAAGGAGGAGGAGAGGAAGAACGGGAUAGAGACAGAGAACAACAAUCUCACUGUUCAGAACAUGGACCGAGGCUAGAAAGAGAGGAACAGGAAAAAGGGAGAGAUACAGAGAGAGAUGUGGCCAGGCAUGGGGAGAGACAGACUGACUAGAGGACUGGUUCUGCGCCUGUGUCUUCUCCUCACCUCUCUCUGUGUCUGUGUUCACAUUUACCUGGAGCUGGGGAGCAGGAGGGGGGCACCUUCACACCUCAUUUUAGGAUGUCCCACACAGACCAACCAGGUGCUACCAGACAAGGGUGCGAGGACACGGGGGACAAAGGACCCCAUGGAGCCCAACUUCGGGACUGAGGACAGAGCCAUGAAGAGAAUGGUGUCCUACGUACGCACGCUGAAGAAUGACUCUGUAGCAGGGAAGACGGGGGGAGGGGACAACCCCUCCACGUGCUGCCCACCUUUGCGACCAAAGAGAAAGUCUCCCAGGUGGCAUAUAGAGCUCGAGCCGUGGGCCAGUGACAACCACUCCCUGGAGGAAGAAGCUAGGAGGUUCCUUCACUACAUCACUACACCACAGGUGUCUUGUGCCCCCCCUUCCCCAGAGGGCCCCUUGGCACUAGAGGGUCAGGAAGGGCCAAAGGGCCCCUGGGCAGUGUGUCUGGACAGCAGGUACAGCCUGGCACAACGGAUACACACCAAACACUGCCGGGUCUACUCUAUGGGGUUGGGUGUGGAGGAUAAAACCCUGGAGCGCUCUCUGGCCAGGGUGGGCUGUGAGGUACACUGUUUUGACCCUAGCCUAAAGCAGGCCCACCUGCAGGAGUCAGACAUGUGGCUCCAUCGUCUCUCCGUAGACUGGAGGGACCCCAACCCAGCCAUCCCCGCCCAGAGACAGCACGGCAACACCAAGAAACUGGCCACCAUCCUCAACGAUUUUGGACACAGACAGGUGGAUGUUCUGAAGGUAGACAUGGAGAGUGCAGAGUGGAAGAUUCUGGAGAACCUGGUUCUAGAAGGGGUUCUGAGCUCAGUGGGUCAGUUACUACUAGAAGUCCACCUCCACUGGGCAGGGUUUGAGGUGGAUGGGGACGACCCAUCCGUGGUGCGCUAUUGGUUCAGCCUGCUGAAGGAGCUGGAGCGAGUUCACUUCCGCCUCUUCCGUUACCACAACGACCCAGCCAAACCCCGCCUUUUCCUGCACAGGAACUUUCUGAACGCCAGCAGUGCCUAUACACUGGGCUGGGUCAACAAUGAGUGGAGGCCUUGAGAGCACUGACUGACGGACGGACAGGCCUCUGGCCAAUGAGAAGGGGAGACUGUGAAAUGUAGUCCAGCUACAAUGGGAAAGAAGGAGUCGUCAAUCCCAUGGGAUGUUUGCCUUUGGAUUUUUACAGUGAGCUCCAAAAGUAUUGGGACAGUGAUAAUUGUGUUGCUGUUUUGGCUUUUGUAAUAUGUCAGCCAGCAAUUUUGAUUUGAAAAGAUACAAUGACUGAGCUUAAAGUGCAGACUGUAAGGUGUAAUUCACUUGUGUAUUAAAGUAGUAAAAGUUAGCGGUAUAGAGGUAUGAUAUUUGUGCUUCUGUAACUUUCUCACUCAUCAUUAGUCACGAUUCAUUCAGGACUAUCCAUAAUCAUGGUGGCAUCCACAUUAAUAUAGAAGUGUUAGGAAACAUAUAUUCUUAUUUACAAUAAAAGUACUUCAAAAUGACACCAUAUAUUACUUACCAUGAAUUUCUAUUGGGUAUAAAAUAAUCUUAAACACAACCAAAACAAACAGCAAAUGCAUCCAACAUGUUUGUAAAGUCACAAGCUUGAUGUAACCAUUGCAUGCUAGGAAUGUGGUGUCAAUAACUAAACUUUAUAUAUAUUUAUUAGAUUUUUUUUCUCCUCAAUUGGUAGUUACAGUCUUGUCCCAUCGCUGCAACUCCCGUACGGACUCAAAAGGGGCGUGCAUCUCAAAACCCCGCCAAGCUGCACUGCUUCUUGACACAAUGCUUGCUUAACCCGGGAAGCCAGCCGCACCAAUGUGUCGAUGGAAACAAUGUACACCUGGCGACCAUGUCAGCAAGCAUUGCACCUGGUCCGCCACAGGAGUCGCUAGGCCAACCCGCACAAUUCUGGGUAAAUUGUGCGCCGCCUCAUGGGUCUCCUGGUUGCUGCUGGCUGAGACACUGCCUAGGAUCAAACCAGGAUCUGUAGUGAAGCAGAUCGAGGGAGAUUAUCAGUGGUCUUGUAUGUUUUCCAUUUCCUAAUAAUUGCUCCCACAGUUGAUUUCUUCAAACCAAGCUGCUUACCUAUUGCAUAUU